AUGUCCAAGUCCAAAGACGCGGCCAGCAAGUUCGACAUGACUCCGUUGGGAGAGACCUAUGAACCGACCUCCUUUGAUGUGAUUUGUGCUCGAGGGCGGAUUGCUGUGAACCAUACAGGCAACAAACGCUUCAAGUUGAUAGUCGAGUCGUCGUUACAGCGUUACUCCAAUGCCCCCAGCAAACUUGCCAAGUCAGCUAUAGUUUCAGAUAUAGUCGAGACGAUCCGGGCAUCCAGUCCUGGAGGUGGAUUCGUCAAGAGAGAAGGCAACAUGUGGUACGAGGCUGGAGAUCAUUUGGCUCGUGAAAAAGUGGGGCAAUGUUUGCGUGACAUGCUGCACAGCAAAUACCGAUCUAGCACCAAAGCCAAGAAGCUCAGUCGAAAGGUCAAACAGAGCAUGUUGGACGAUGAAGUGGACCAAAUCAUGAAUCGAAGUAGCUACAGAGAUAUCACGCACCGAGUCAAGGAAUUGACCAAGGAUGCUCGAAAGGAUGCGGACUUUCAGAAUGCGUUCAAUCGCGCCAACCUAGAACUACUCAAGACAUUCAAAACGGAACAAAUACGGGAAGAUGAUGACGAUGUCGACGACGAUGAAUUGACCGCCGCCAACCAGGACGACGGAGAUGGGGAUGACGAAUCGCCUCAAGUGGUGUCCAGUUCUGUGUAG